UUGGACUGACUAUUGCCGUUAUCUCCAAGCUACAUAAAUACCGGCCACUUGUUAGCGGCCAUCUUUUGAGUUCUCCAACCCUUUUGUUCGAGCUGGGCCCACUCUGGAACCACAUAUCCGGGUACGAUAAGACCAUGGAGAACGGCAGUCGAGAAUGGCCUGGAAAUAGUAAUGCAUCGGUUCAGAUUGAGCUACUGGCAUGUGUCACAAUGAGGAGCCACAUCUCGAGGAUUUUCCUGUAUACCUUCCUCUCAGUUGGCAUAGUCUGCACUGUUGUGGGGAACUUUUUGGUUGUCUUAUCCAUCUCCUACUUUAAGCAGCUACAGUCUCCAACAAAUUCUUUUGUUUUGUCCCUUGCAGUGGCUGACUGCCUUGUUGGACUGCUGGUGAUGCCCUUUAGUAUGAUACGGACUGUGGAGGGAUGUUGGUAUUUUGGUUCCUUAUUUUGCAAGUUUCACUCCAGCCUAGAUGUCAUGCUGUGUACUGCCUCUAUAUUCCAUCUCAGCUGCAUUGCCUUUGACCGUUACUAUGCAGUGUGCAACCCCCUGGUUUACUCCUUAAAGAUGUCCAAUAGUAAUGUAGCUAUGCUCAUUGCCAUUUGUUGGACUGUUCCAAUGCUCAUUUCAUUUGGCCCCAUAAUGUUAGACCUUCACAUUGCUAAUGUAGACAUCUUAAUUCCUUCAGAUUUGUGUGUGUUCUUGGUCAGCCGUGUUUAUGCCGUCAUGGCCUCUUUGGUAGCCUUUUACCUCCCUAUGGCUGUCAUGCUUGUGGCAUACUGGAAGAUCUACAAAGCUGCAAAGCGACAGUCUAAGCAGAUCAGUGCCAUGGAAAGCCAAAUGGCUGCUGGAGUGGGCAAAGAUUCAAGCAAGAAAAAAAGACACCGCAACACUAUGAAGAGAGAAGGAAAGGCUGCAAAAACUCUAGGUAUUAUCAUGGGAGUUUUCCUUAUCUUCUGGAUGCCUUUCUUUACUGUCAACAUUGUCGAUCCAUUCAUUGAAUACAGCACAGAAGUUGUUGUAUGGGAUGUUUUUCUCUGGUUGGGAUACAUCAACUCAUCAUUGAAUCCCUUCCUGUAUGGAUUUUUCAAUCACUGCUUUCGUAGGGCUUUCAUCAUGUUUAUAAGCUGCAGAGUGUGCCUCCCUGGAAUAUCGCCCGGGAUGGAGCUAUCACAUUCUAAGAAAGAGAAAAACUAA